UUCUGCAUUUCUGCCUGAGCUACCAUCGCUAAUGGCUGCUAGGCCGUUCGAGAUCUACAGCUCCAAGUGCACGUAAAUGCAUCACAAUGCCUUCAAAAGUGUCAUGCCUCUACGUGCUGACGGUCGUUUGCUGGGCCAGCGCUCUGUGGUACCUAAGUAUAUCGCGUUCCACGUCGUCCUACGUGAGCCAACUGUCCGUCCCGGCACAUAAAACGGCAAAAGCGCUCAAGAGCAACGCCACCACAACCUUCAGCAACAUCCGCACGCGUCCACUGAACCCCCACACCUUCGAUUUCAUCAUCAAUGAGCCCAAGAAAUGCGAAACCAACGUGCCCUUCCUCGUCAUCCUCAUCACGACCACGCACAAAGAGUUUGACGCCCGCCAAGCCAUCAGGGAAACGUGGGGCGACGAAAGCACCUUCAGCGACCUUCGCAUCAUUACGCUGUUUCUUCUCGGACGCAGUACAGAUGCGGUGCUCAACCAGAUGGUGGAGCAAGAGAGCGAGAUCUUUCACGACAUCGUAGUCGAGGACUUCAUCGACUCGUACCACAAUCUUACUCUCAAAACGCUGAUGGGAAUGCGCUGGGUGGCCACUUUCUGCAACCAAGCCAAGUACGUGAUGAAAACGGACAGUGAUAUCUUCGUGAACAUGGACAACUUGGUGCAUAAACUCUUGAAGCCGGCCACCAAACCUCGACGGAGGUACUUCACGGGAUACGUCAUCAACGGCGGACCCAUUCGGGACAUGCGCAGCAAGUGGUACAUGCCCAGAGACCUUUACCCCGAGAGCAAGUACCCGCCGUUUUGCUCUGGCACUGGGUACGUGUUCUCGGCGGACGUUGCGGAGCUCAUCUACAAGACGUCCUUGCACACCAGACUCUUGCAUCUGGAGGACGUUUACGUCGGGGUGUGUUUGAGGAAGCUGGCCAUUCACCCGUAUCAGAACAGUGGCUUCAAUCACUGGAAAAUGGCCUACAGUCUUUGCAGGUACCGUCGAGUCAUUACCGUACACCAGAUCUCCCCUGAGGAGAUGCAUCGUAUCUGGAACGACAUGACCAGCAAGAAGCAUCUCAAGUGUUAGUGGGAGCUGCCUG